AUGGCUGGAAUAAAACUUUUUAGCAUUACUAACAUCACAAUACUUAUAUUCAUCAUUUAUCUUUCUUAUACAGCUAAUACAUUUUAUUCAAUGUUUCGUCCACCAAUAUGUAAAAGUAAUAAUUGUCUUUCACCACAUAUAAAAUCAUCAUCGAAUAAAAAACUUAAAUUAUAUAGUUGUUUAUCAAUAAGUUCAAAUCAACCUCGUUCAAUGACGGAUUCAAAAUGUGUAAAAAUGUUAAAUUUAGAUAAUUUUACAAUAAAUCAAUCAUUUGAUGAAACAAUUCAUAUACCAUUAGUAAAACAAUUUCGACAAAAUACAACAUUUUAUAUACAUUUUUAUAUUUAUGAUGGUUUUGAUCCAUUUCAAGAUCGAGCACAUAUUUAUCGUCAACGAUUAAUAUCAAAAUAUCUUAUUCCACAACAAAAUUUUAUUAAUCUUUUACAAGAAAAAUUACCUUCAACUCUAACCGGUAUUAAUGAACAAAAUCAAAAUAAAUCAAUUAAUAAUUCAUCAAACAUUCCUAUAACUCAUAUUUUAAAAAGAAUUAUAUUUCAUGGUGUUAAUCAAGAUAUUAUAUUUGAUAGAUUGGACAUUCCACCAGAACUUUAUCAUUUACUGACUCUGUAUUCUCAAACAACUUACGGGCCUUUAAUUAGUUCAGAUGAAUUAACUACUCGUCUUCGAGACCAUCAACCAGUGAAUGUAUCAGAUGAUAAUAUUGAAUUAAAACUAAUUUAUACUCCUAUAUCAAUUGGUCGCAUGAGAUUAUGGAUUAAUUUUGAACGAGCACUUGAAUCUACACGAUCAUAUGGAUUUUCAGAUAAAGAAAUCGAUGAAAUAAAAGGUAUUUUUGCUGAUAAUAAUUUACCAAUAUUGGCAUUAACAUUUGUUGUUGCUGCUUUUCAUACUUUAUUUGAUUUUUUGGCUUUUAAAAAUGAUAUAAAUUAUUGGAGACAUCGAAAAACAAUGGUUGGAUUAUCAUUACGAACAGUUGUAUGGCGUUCAAUUAGUAAUGUCAUUAUUUUUCUUUAUUUACUUGAUUCUGGUGCAAGUUUGCUAGUUCUUAUUCCAUCUGGAAUUGGUUCAUUAAUUGAAAUUUGGAAAGUAACAAAAGCAUUAAAAAUUAAAAUUCGAUUUAAUGGCUAUAGACCAGUGAUUACCUUUGGAGAAGUAUCAAAGGAAGAAGCUGAUACAAUGUUACAUGAUUCAACGGCUAUGCGUUAUUUAUCAUAUGUUCUAUAUCCACUUUGUAUUGGUUUGGCUGUUUAUUCACUUAUUUAUAAUAAUCAUAAGAGUUGGUAUUCAUGGAUAAUUAAUUCACUUGUUAAUGGAGUUUAUGCUUUUGGGUUUUUAUUUAUGAUGCCUCAAUUAUUUCUCAAUUAUAAACUUAAAUCUGUUGCUCAUUUACCAUGGAGAGCAUUCAUGUAUAAGGCAUUCAACACAUUUAUUGAUGAUCUCUUUGCAUUUAUUAUUACAAUGCCAACAGCUCAUCGGCUUGCAUGUUUUCGUGAUGAUUUUGUUUUUCUUAUUUAUUUAUAUCAAAAAUGGAUGAGCUCAGCCAAUUCGUUUCUUUCAUCAACAGCUUAUCACGCUUCGAAUGCUCGAUAUGCUAGUUCACAAUCACCAUCAUCAACAUCAUCUUCAUUUAAUAUUCUUUCAAAUAGUGUUCAACAACAAUUAAAUGAUUUAAAUUCUACACGUUCAUCAACAUCAUCAUGUUCAACAUCUCAUUGUUUAAGUAAUCAAUGUAUUGAAUGUACAACUAUACUUUCAACAAGACCAACACAAUCAAGAUGUAAUCUUAAUUCUUAUAUUGAUCAAUCAUCAAAUUCAUCUCACUUUGUACAAAAUUGUUCAUGUGUAACAAAUUCAACCUUAGAUAAUCAUUCACAAAUAUCAACAAUUGAUGAACAACAAUCAACAAGAAUUUUAUCAAUGAAUAUUCCAGUUGAUAAUAGUAAUAAUAAUCGAAAUGAUAAUCCAAUAAAUUCUUCAUCAUUAAAUAUUGAAAUUGAAGAAGAAGAUGAUGAUGAUGAUCAAAGAAUUCAUCUAUUAAAUGAAUAUAAUGAUCAAAAUGAACAAUUAGAAGUUUUUGUUGGUUUCUAUCGUCCAGGAGAAUAUCAACGCGAGACAAUAGAAGAUGAUGAUGAUGAUGAUGAUGACCAUGAUGGAAGUGAAAUAAGUCAUAAAUCGGAUGUACAAAAAAAAGAAGAACAGUCAACUCGAGAAUUAAUCAGUGAUGAAGAUGAAGGUAAUGAAGAUCAAGAUUUUAUCGAUGAAGAUCUAUGUCCUAAUCAAGAUGAAGAUACUGAUCAACAACAACAAGAUAAUGAAAUCAUAAAUGAAGAACAAUUAAAUCCAAAUAUUCUUCAUAAUGAUCAUCAACAAUUUGAGCCUGAUCAACAAAAUCCAUUUCCUAUAGUUAUUGUACAAAUAGAUGAAGAUGAAGAUCAAGGUUUUGGUGCACAAUUUAAUGAUGAUUGCCAAUCAAGUGAUGAUGAAAAUAAUCAUGUAUCAACAAUAUCAUUAAAUAAUAAUAAUAAUAAUAGUAAUAAUGAAAAUGAAAUUGAAUUAAUAUAUAGAAAAAAAAAAUUUCUUCAACGUUCACUAUCAGAUUCAGAAUUAUAUAAAUAUAAAUGUCAAACAUUUCUUUCAUUACCAUCUUUAUCAAUAAAUUCAAGAAAUCAUUUUGAAAAAAUUGAACAUAUUAUUAUUGAUGAUCAACAACCAACAACAACAAUGUCAAAUUUAAUUAUUAAAAAAAAACAAGACGAUGAAAAUGAUCAUUUAUUUUUACGAAGAAAAAAAAUUUUAAGAAAAUCAUCAGAAGAAAUUAUUGAAAUAUCAAAUCAAGAAUCUUUUCUACAGACAAGAGUUGACGAAGCUGUUCGUGAUGUUGAACGUCAUGUUAUGCUAUGGGAUGAUGAUCAUGCUAGACAAAUCGAUGCUCAAUCAUCAGUGCAACAAAUUGUGCAAUAUUUUCAAUUAAAUAUUGAUAUUAAUGAAGAUCAACAAUCGAAAGUAUCAUCUAUUCGAAAGGAAUUAUUACUUGAUUAUCUUCAAUAUAGAAGUGAAGCUGACAUAUCUGCAAAUGACUUACAUGAAAAUCUUCUUCAAUAUCCGGAAUAUUCUUCUCAUAUACAUUGCCGAUUUUUUCCAUUUUGGCCACCACGAGAUGUUGAUUUAUUACAAUGGCUUUCUCAUUGGAUUAAACAAGGUGCUCUACCUAUCGCAAUAAUGAAUAUGGAUCAUUAUCAUUCUCAAAAAAUCAACUUCUAUAGUACACCCUCAUCUUGGCAACAUCGUAUAAUUUAUGGUGUUGAACCUCGUGGAAUAUAUCUAAUGAAUCCAAUACAAAUUCAAUCUCCUCAACAAGUCUAUGAACAAUUAACUGUUGAUUCAGUAACAUAUAUCAUACGUCAAGAAAUUGUUCAACGUUAUAAUCAAUCUCCAAUGUGUUUAACACCAUUAGCAAUAAAUAAUAAUAAAUCAAUAUUGUUUUCAGAUACAAGGUGGCGUACAAUGAAUGUUCUUGGACAAGUUGUUAACGUUUUACGUGAAGAUCGUCAAUUAAAUGAAAAUGAAACACGCAAUAUUCCAUAUCGUCCAACCGUAACACAUGUUCGAAUACCAUCAACAUGUUCAUCCGGUAUACUGAUAUUUUCAAAAGAUUAUAAUCAAUUAAUAAAUGCUAUAGACUUACCAUUAAGACAAUAA